AGAGAGACGAUUGGUGCUUUCACGCUAUUUAAUAUCUUUCCUUCCUCUACAGUCUCUUUUUUACUCCGACAUUGUUCUUCCGUCACUUUCUUCGCCGGAGAUAUUUUCACCGGAGGGAAAUCAUGUCAAGGCCAGCUCAGCUUCCUCCUCGUUGCCCUAUUCCAAAGAAGCUUUCUUUGAAUCCGUAUGCAGAUACAUUCUACUCUUCUUCUUCACCCAUUGAAUCAUACAUUGGCCAUCACAAGUCUUCCACUCAAGAUUCCACGCUCGAGGAACAACCAGCUUGGCUUGAUGAGCUGCUGCGUGACAAAACUGAUGGAGGAGGAGGUCCUACUCCUCUGCGCCGCUCAGCUAGCGACUCAGUUGUGCUGUUGGGAGACAUCUCAGCGGACUUUGCUGGUUUUAAUCAAAGCGAAGAUGAAGAAAGUUUGACUUCUGAAGCUUGUGGGGAGUUGGAGUCAGCUUGUGUGUAUGGUCCCAACUCGCCUAGAGCAAGGAAUAAUUCAAGCUUCUCUAAUAACCCUAUUGCUUCUGCCUUCUCGGAGUAUGGUUCUCAGAAAGCUCCUCAGAACUUAAGUGAUACUGUGAAAGGGAUCAGUUGUCCACCUGUGGGAGAAGAUGCUUGUCGUUCUAUGGAUGUACCAAAUGCAAAAAGGAACCCAGGACAGCGGUCAAGAGUUCGUAAGCUCCAGUACAUUGCUGAACUUGAGAGGAGGGUAUCCACGCUACAGGCAGUGGAAGCGGAUUUAUCAGUGAGAGUGGCUUCACUUCUUCAGACACGUGCAACACUGUCCUUGGAGAAUAGCCAAAUGAAGCAGCAGAUGACGAUACUAAAGCAGGAAAAGCUCAUAAGAGAAGGUGAAUACCAGUUACUAAAAAAGGAAGCUCAGAGAUUGAACUCCAGAUUGAGAAACUUUGGGAGCAACAACAACAACAAUAACAGGCUGGCCAGGUCUUAUUCUGCGGGUGCAAGUAUAGGUCCAAGGACAGGUUCAUCACACUUGGACUGGAACUUGCUGGAUCUGACCAAACUCAAUCUCAACUAAAGACAAGAAGAACCCCCCCACUCUCACAAGAAGAAUAAGUAGCUUGAGUGUUUUGAGGAAAAGGACAAAUCUCUUUCCGAUUUGUAUAAAAAAAAAGUAUCCAACUCUCUGUGUCGAGAGUAUUGGACCUAGUCUGCUUUUAGCACACAAAAAAAAAAUGUUAUAAUUUCGAGAUUCUAAUGCUGUAAUCAUAGCAGUGUAGCUCAUUAUGCUGGAUUUGAGAUGAGUAGCUUUGAGGAGGGAAAAUUAGACAUUAUUAACUAAGCACGUGAGCGGUGGGAUGUGUGUGUGUUGUUUUAAGCACGUGUUUAGUAGCCUGGUACCAAAGCCGACUGAU